AGUCAUUCUCCGUGCGAGAGCCGGGGCGGGAGGCAGGCGGGACCCAGCCCCGCCGCCAGCGGCACUUUUGUGGGGCCGUCGCCUCUUCGCUCUCCCUUUCUCCGCGGGGUCUGGCCGCGGGGCGGGCGAUGCUCCGCGCUCCGUGAGCCGCGCACCGCGCACCGCCUCCGCCGGCCGAGCCGCCCCGCUCAGAGCCCCGCUGCGCAGCGCACGAUGCCGCGGAGGGGCGCGGAGGGGCCGCUCGCCCUGCUGCUGGCGGCCGCGUGGCUGGCACAGCCGCUGCGAGGCGGCUACCCCGGGCUGAACAUGUUCGCCGUGCAGACGGCGCAGCCCGACCCCUGCUACGACGAGCACGGGCUGCCCCGCCGCUGCAUCCCCGACUUCGUCAACUCGGCUUUCGGCAAAGAGGUGAAGGUGUCGAGCACCUGCGGGAAGCCGCCGUCGAGGUACUGCGUGGUGACGGAGAAGGGCGAGGAGCAGGUCCGCUCGUGCCACCUCUGCAACGCCUCCGACCCCAAGCGCGCCCACCCGCCCUCCUUCCUCACCGACCUCAACAACCCGCACAACCUGACGUGCUGGCAGUCCGACAGCUACGUGCAGUACCCGCACAACGUCACCCUCACGCUGUCCCUCGGCAAGAAGUUCGAGGUGACCUACGUGAGCCUGCAGUUCUGCUCGCCGCGCCCCGAGUCCAUGGCCAUCUACAAGUCCAUGGACUACGGCAAGACGUGGGUGCCCUUCCAGUUCUACUCCUCGCAGUGCCGCAAGAUGUACGGCAAGCCGAGCCGGGCCGCGGUCACCAAGCAGAACGAGCAGGAGGCCCUGUGCACCGACUGGCUCACCGACGUGUGGCCGCUCUCCGGCGGCCUCAUCGCCUUCAGCACCCUGGACGGCCGCCCCACCGCCCACGACUUCGACAACUCGCCCGUGCUGCAGGACUGGGUGACGGCCACCGACAUCAAGGUGACCUUCAGCCGCCUGCACACCUUCGGCGACGAGAACGAGGACGACUCCGAGCUCGCCCGCGACUCCUACUUCUACGCCGUGUCCGACCUGCAGGUCGGCGGGCGCUGCAAGUGCAACGGGCACGCGUCCCGCUGCGUCCGCGACCGCGACGACAACCUGGUGUGCGACUGCAAGCACAACACGGCCGGGCCCGAGUGCGACCGCUGCAAACCCUUCCACUACGACCGGCCCUGGCAGAGGGCGACCGCCCGAGAGGCCAACGAGUGCGUGGCCUGCAACUGCAACCUGCACGCGCGGCGCUGCCGCUUCAACAUGGAGCUGUACAAGCUGUCGGGCAGGAAGAGCGGCGGCGUCUGCCUCAACUGCCGGCACAACACGGCCGGGCGGCACUGCCACUACUGCAAGGAGGGCUUCUACCGCGACCUCAGCAAGCCCAUCUCCCACCGCAAGGCCUGCAAAGAGUGUGAUUGCCAUCCCGUGGGCGCCGCCGGCCAAACCUGCAACCAGACCACGGGGCAGUGUCCCUGCAAGGACGGCGUCACCGGCAUCACCUGCAACCGCUGCGCCAAGGGCUACCAGCAGAGCCGCUCGCCCAUCGCGCCCUGCAUAAAGAUCCCCGCCGCACCGCCCCCCACGGCCGCCAGCAGCACGGAGGAGCCCGCAGACUGUGACUCGUACUGCAGGGCCUCCAAGGGGAAGCUGAAGAUCAACAUGAAGAAGUACUGCAAGAAGGACUACGCCGUGCAGAUCCACAUCCUGAAAGCGGAAAGAAAUGCUGACUGGUGGAAGUUCACCGUCAACAUCAUCUCCGUCUACAAACAGGGCAGCAAUCGGCUGCGGCGCGGGGACCAGACCCUGUGGGUGCACGCCAAGGACAUCGCCUGCAAGUGCCCCAAGGUGAAGCCCAUGAAGAAAUACCUCCUGCUGGGCAGCACCGAGGACUCUCCCGACCAGAGCGGCAUCAUCGCGGACAAGAGCAGCCUGGUGAUCCAGUGGCGGGACACGUGGGCGCGGCGGCUGCGGAAGUUCCAGCAGCGGGAGAAGAAGGGGAAGUGUAGGAAGGCGUAGGGAGGAGCGGAGACGGACUGAGCGCUGCCGGGGGCGGGCGGGGGGCGGGGGGGUCUCAUAUCGAGGGGUGAAAUGGUAAAAAAAGACGAAACCCAACGAUGGAACGGCAGGCGUGGAGAUAAAAGCGCCGGGCGGAGAGGAGGGGUUGUGGGGCAGUGCCCCGGUGUGGGGCGGGGGACGGGGACACCCAGCGGGCACCGAGGUGGCACUGGAUGGACAGCCAGGUGGCACGGAGCGGAGCGGGCACCGAACCGGCACCGAACCGGCACCGGGAUGGCACCGGAGUGGCUCAGAACCAGCGUGGAGCUGACACCGAACUGGCACCGAACUGAUACCUGACGUCAAACACACACCAAACCAACACUGAACCAGCACCGAGCCAACACUGAACCGGUACCGAGCCAACACCGAACCAACCCCUGCCACCAAAGCACCACCAAACUGCCACUGAACUGCCACCACUGCACCCACAGCAGGGCAGGGAGCACAGCAGGGGCGAUGCUGGAGGAGCCCUCCCCAGAACAUGGACCCUAACGCAGGGCAGCAGCCGGGUAUGGAGCUGCCACGGCCGUCCCGAGCCCCUUGGUGCUGCGGUGCUGCAGUGGGGCUGGGGCAGGACGAGGUGCACACUGUGCUCCCACCCCAUAGAAACACCCAACCACGGCCACCCCGAGACCCCCGCAUGUUCAUCCCUGCCCCAGGACAGUAAAUGCAGCCCCCAGACCAAGGCCAGCUGCUGUGGUACUGCCCAGCCCCAUGGCACAGCCCCAUGGCACAGCCCCAUGGCACAGCCCCAUGGCAUAGCGAGGGCUCCUGGGGUCCCUGGUCCAGGGUUGUGAGGGCAGCAUGGCACCUGGGGGGGGAAGCAAACAUUCAGUCGCUACGCAAAGCAAAACCUCCCUGCUCUUUUUUCCUUUCAGGAAACUUGGAAACAUCCAUUUUAUGACAUUUUCCAGCGGUUUCUGCCUUGUUUUAUAGCGAUCGACAAUAUUUAUGUAAUGACAUAAACCACCAUAAAGCGAGGCAGCCGUGUAAAUAGGUGCAAAGCAGAGGGCUCCGGGGCAGCAGCCGCCACGGAGGGAGGGAGAGAGGGAGCUCUGCGGAGCCCCCAGCCCCAAAGGAAGGGGACUGGGUGCCGAGCAGCCCCCAAAGCCAGCCCUGCUUAUCCCCUCGCCCAGCACAGAGCUGGGUUUCCCCACUGCAGAGCCCAGCACGAGCCAGCAGCCGCCGUGCAGCCGAGGGAACCGCGGGCACCGAGAAUCCGGCCCCAAGUCCCUUCCUGCCCUGCACAGUGGGAAGCUGAGCACAGGGGACGUGGGGCUGCCCACAGCGCGUGCCCUGUGCCCCCUGAGCGCCUUCCCCGGCCCCCAGCACAGCCCCAGUGCUCCCAGCUCUGCCCGCCACCAGCCGGCUCCCAUAUGGCCGCCGGGGCUUGGUGCCCACCGGGGCCGGAGAAGCCCCAUCCACGGCCCUGUAAGCACAACUGGGGGAGCAGCUGGUGCGGCCGGUGCCACUGGUGCCACUGGUCCAACCGGUGCCCUCGGUGACCUUGGUGCCACUGGCACAACCGGUGCCUUUGGUGCAACCGGUGCCCCCGGUGCCCACCCCUUGGGCCGCCCCAGCGUUGGGGCGUCCACGGGCACAGCCCUUCCCCACAGCCCCCCCAGCCCCAGGACCGUCCCAGGGGAACCCACGGCCACCACCCGGCAGGGACAACGCUCCAGCCCCAAACAUCACCGCCACGGUGAGGGCUCCCCACGCCUCAACCGUGUCCUCCCCCCAUGACCCAGCGCUGGGACCCCACUGUGACACGGGGACAACGCGGGGGGACGCGAGCAGCGGUGGGGAUGGGGCCGAGGAAAGGCCAGGCCCGGCAGCACCGCUCUGCCCGCUCCGUCACAGCCGUCCCCGCGCAGCCGCCCCGCCACAAACCUGUGUUCAUCCCCACGGUUCUGUUCUGUUUCGAUUCUUUCUGUUAAUAUCUUGAACUGUAAAUGUUGUUUAGUUACGACCAUGGCGUACGGCUUUGGGCGACGUUUCUUUACGAUGCAUACUAAUAUAUUAUGGUUAUUAUAUAUGAAUAUAUUUAAUGACACGUGAAAAAAAAAAAAAGAAGAAGUUGUGGAUUUUCUUA